AUGCCUGAACAGGUCACAUCAAUUGAAGAAGAAAUUAAAGACAAGGAUAAAGAAAUUGACAGGUUGAGAGAAAAAGAGAAGGAUUUGAAAAUACAAGAAUUAAACAGGGAAAUAAGUUAUAUAGAAAGUUCAAUGAGUAAAAUGGCAACACACAAUACAAUUAAUAGUGAUAAUACUACUGAAUCAAUUGAUAAUUACUUUUCAGCAAUCAAUCCUAUUACAAGCACACUUGAUAAUACAAAAAGUAUAAUUAAUAAAACAGAAAAAGAAUUAAUUGAAAUGAGGGAAAAAGAGAGAGAUAUAAAAAUUGUUGAAUUGGAAAGACAAAUAGAUUUUAUUAAGAAUAAUAGUAAACCACCUUAUACAGUUAUAAAUAAUAAAGAUAAUGUUAAAACAAAAACAAUAAAAGAUUAUGAAAAUGGUUCUAUUAGUAAUAAUAUCAAUACGAAAACUAUUAAAGAUAAUGAUUAUAAUAAUAAAGAUGAUGAUUUAAAAAGUAAAGAACAAAGUAUAAUAAGAAAUAAUAAUAAUAAAAGAAAUAAAUAUAAAAUCAAAGAAAGUAACAACAACAUAAUAAUGAAGUUAAUUAAAAGACAAACCAAACCAAAAUAUGGAAAUAAUGUUAAAACAAUGACAGUUAAUAAAACAAAUGCUAAUUUAAAAGAAGAUGAUGAUUAUAUUGAUAAGGAAAUAAAAAAAGAUGAUGAUUGUGAGGAUAAAGAAAUAAAAGAAGAUAAUGAUUGUGAGGAUAAAGAAGAAGAAAAAUGUAAAAGCAAACCAUAUUUAACAAAUGCAGAAAUUAGAUUACAUAAUGUUGAUACAAACAAAGAUAUUAAAAUUAAAUUACCAAUAAAAGAGAUAACAGAUGCGUUGAAUAAUAAAAACAAGAAGAAGAAAUAA